AUGCGCGCGGAGGCCCGUCGGAUACUCGGCCUAUCCUCCAUCGCCACCCUCUCUACCGUCUUCCCCGCCACCUCCUCCGUCGAGGAUGAUUUCUCUACCCUCUCACACCCCGCCUCAGACCUCGGCGGUGUUCCCAUAGGUCUAAUGGAUUACUACGCCUCCUGCUCCCCUCAAACUUGCAAUCCUACAAUCCUCGCAAUCAGCAUCGCCACCACCUUCCGCAAUACACGCGCCGGCUCCAAUGUCACCCUCUCAUUGCGCUGGCAUCCUCCAAUUACAGCGCCGCCUAGUGACGAUAUCUACACGUAUUCACCGGCUAACAUGCCGCGCUUCAGCCUGGUUGGUUAUAUCGAGCCGGUUCCUACGUCCGAGGUUCUGUCCUAUGAUGUGGAGGCUUGCUUCCUGAACAGACAUCCAGAUGCCGAGGCGUGGCUGCCGGGUAACAAGAUCCAUCAGAGCUGGUGGGGAAGAUUGGUCGUGAGGGAGGUGUAUUGGAUUGGCGGUUUUGGGGAUAGAGCAUAUAUUGGCUGGAUACCCGAGGGAGAAUGGAGUGGUGUCAGUGAAGAUGAAAUUGCAAAGGCGAGGUUGGUUGGGGAGGACGGGUAUGAGAAGUAUACCGGCUUGGUAGAGCAGGAAGUGCUUGAGUUAUGA